GUGCUUUCCCAGAAGGAUUUCACUAUCUAUCCUGCCCUUCCCAGAACAGCUCUGGCAGCGGAGAGAAUUUUUCCUCCCUUUGUGACUAGAGAGGAAGUUGUCACAGAUAUAUAGAGCAAGGCACGGCAGCUCCUGACACAGUUCAGCAUGACCAUGAGACACAGCUGGAUUCCAGACCCUAGCCCUCUUCGGGCCCUGCUCCUCUGUGCCCACGUCAUCUCCCACCUGGCCGGAGCCACACCUGUGCCUCAGGCCACCACAGCUGCCUCACCUGGGAUGGCAAAGGAUCCCUGCUCCUCGCGGCCCCCAGCACUCCCAGCAGCUAAGCAGUGCCCAGCGUUGACAGUGACCUGGCCAGCAGUGGAAGUCUCACUGAAUGGAACGCUGACAUUGUCCUGUACCGCCUGCAGCCGCUUCCCCCACUUCAACAUCCUCUACUGGCUGGGCAACGGCUCCUUCAUCGAGCACCUCCCAGGCCGGCUGCGGGAGGGCACCACCAGGCGAGAGUAUAGGGGCACGUGGACCCAGCUGUGGAGACCAUUGGUGCUGGAGGAGCUGAGCCCUGCCCUGCGAGAUACCAACUUCUCCUGUGUUCUCAUGGAUCCUGGGCAGACAGUCCAGCGUCACCUUGUCCUGGCCCAGCUCUGGGCUGGGCCGAAGACAAGUGUGCCCCCUGCCACAGGAAGCCCCACCCUCCAGCCAGGCCCCUCUGCCGUACCAUCCCGACAGUGAACCCAGAGCUCCACCACCACCUGGUUCAAACACCACCUCUUUAUUGAGGUCCAGGCCAGUCUGCAUCAAUUUAAUGUAUUUGUUUCCUCUAUGGGCUCCUGGGAUGCGGGCAGAGGCUGCUUCUGACCCACAGCUGUAUCUCUGUCACCCCAGCAAGGCCCAAGGCGGGCAUUCAUAAACCAUCUUCAAUGGCAGCA